ACAAGUAUACGUAUAUGUCAUAGAUUUUGGCUUUUAGCACUUGACUUUUUCUCUAUGGCUCGGUUUCUGCCGGCCAUUUUCUUGAUACUUCAGAUUACAAGAUUAAAAAAAACUAAAAAAAACAGAAAACCAAGCUCUUCUGUCCGCCAUUAAAACAGCUCCCAUGCUCUUUCCUCACCAACCUCCCACCAUAUAUUUUCUUCUUCUCUCCUCCCCCUCAGUCUUUCCCUUCUCCGAUGAAGCUCGGCCGACCGGAGGUCGUUAAUGGAUGUCUUCUUCAACCACCUCAUCCCCAUGAACCUUGGGACUAUGAUCUCCCUUCUUCUUCAACCUCCAUCACUCCUAUCCUCCAUAACCAAGCCUUCAGCUUGCAAUGCAACGAGUUUGCGUACUUGGUCGACCAUGUCAAUGACUUACAAGAAUCCAGCACUGAUGACACAGUGAAUGGCGAUGAAGUUUAUGUAGGAAGUGGAAGACGUAAAGAUGUUGAUGAUCAUGGAUUAACUUUGAUCAGCCUCCUCUUUGAAUGCGGUGUUGUGAUCUCUGUCAACAAUCUCGUGGAGGCACACCGGAUGCUUCUCGAGCUCACUCAAAUGGCGUCACCUUACGGUCAGUCGAGUGCAGAGCGUGUGGUCACAUACUUCGCAGCCGCCAUGGCUAGUAGAGUCGUAAACUCCAUAUUGGGGAUUUGCUCUCCUUUACUCAACUACAAAAGCAUAAACAACUCCUUCCAACUUUUCUACAAUGUUUCACCAUUCAUCAAGUUUGCUCAUUUGGCCUCAAACCAAACCAUACUUGAAGCACUCCCACAAUGUGACCUAAUUCACAUCAUUGACCUUGACAUCAUGCAAGGCUUGCAAUGGCCUCAACUUCUACAAGCUCUUUCCAUGAGGAUGGAUAACAGUCGCUGUCGCCAUGUGAGGAUCACUGCUGUGGGCACUACCAUGGAGCUCCUAUUCGACACAGGGAAGCAACUCUCCGAUGUUGCUCAACAGCUUGGACUAUCUUUCGAGUACAACCCCAUUGCGGCAAAGGUAGGAAAGAUCGAUGUAUCAAUGUUGAAACUCCGACGCGGUGAGACAGUAGUUGUGAAUUGGGUUCGACACUGUCUUUAUGACACUAUCGGAGCUGAUUGGAAAACCAUUGGACUAAUUCAGCAAGCGGGGCCUAAAGUUUUCACAUUUGUGGAGCAAGAUAUGUGCUAUGGAGGAGCAUUUCUAGAUCGUUUUGUUAGCUCUCUACAUUACUACUCUGCCAUUUUUGACUCUCUUGGAGCUUGUCUAAGAAGUGAUGACAGUAAUAGAAAUCAAGUGGAGCACAGCAUUUUGUAUAGGGAGAUCAAUAACAUAUUGGCAAUUGGAGGGUCUUCAAGAAGUGGAGAGGAGAAGUUUAGGGAAUGGAGAAGUGAACUAAGAAAAUGUUUAAUUGAAGUUCCAAUGAGUGCAAACUCCAUGGCUCAAGCUUGGUUGAUGUUGAACAUAAAUUCUAAUAACCAAGGGUUUAGUCUUGUGCAAGGGGAAGGCGGGACACUAAAACUUAGAUGGAAAGAUACAAGUCUCUAUACUGCUUCUUCAUGGACUUGUUCCAAUGGGGCAGUUGCACUAAAUUAGAAAUUUAAUCCCUAAACUUAAGCCAUUAUAUAUCUCAGUUUUAGCUUUGGAUUAUCUUAGGAUUGUGUUUCUAUUUAGUUUUUGUCAAAAUAAAUCAACAAAAUGCUAUUAGUGCAAAUUUGCCCAAUCAUAUUGUGUCGAUUAAGCCAAAAUUUACAUCAAAUGCAUGUCAAUAUAAACAUUGCUCAACUAGUUAAGGCAUACUCUCAACCAAAAAUUAUAUGUUCGAACCACUCAAUGCUUUUUAGCUAAAAAAAAGGUAGGACCGCACAAUACCCAAAGCUCAAAAACUAAAUUUAUAGCUUAACUGAUACUCAGCAUUCCACAAAAGGGCAUAGUUCUUCCCUUUCCUUCAAUUUGAAUAAUGAUUUCAAUAAGUUGAAGUCUUCAAGCAAAUGGUUAUAAUAAGACCUCAUUAUCUCAGGCAGAUGAUAAACAUUCUUCAUCAUUGUGAAGAUGAGAGAGAGAGAGAGUGAGAUUUCAUAUACAAGUGGUAUUUGGCAUAUUACCCAAAUUGCAAUUUCCCUUUUCCUUCAAUUUGAAUUACGAAGCAUAAAUGGGUAAUAAGAUCGCAUUAUCUCAAUAGGGCAAUAAACAUGCAUGCUCAAUUGUGAAGAAGAGAGAGAGAGAGAGC